CGGCUAUUUGCAUAUGACUUGGAGGUGAGAAGAAGGCUGUGAUGGAAAAGGCGUAGGUGACCUCAUACGAUUGAAUUUAAGGGAUAUGUCCGCCGACUUCUGGGCUGGUUAUAUCAGCGGGGCCGUUGGCAUUUUGAUCGGCAAUCCCCUGGAUCUCAUCAAAGUACGAUUACAAGCGCGCGAUGCCAUAGCCACACAAACGGCUGCGUCAUAUGCUCAACAAUUCAAAAGCAAAUCUGCGUUGGUAGCUGGGACAGCAGCACCUGUGCUCGGAUAUGGUGCCUUGAACGCUUUACUUUUCGUCUCAUACAAUCGUAGCGAAGCUGCUCUCAAUAAUGCGCUCGAUGUUAAGUCGAGCCUUUGGACGACAUGGUUCGCUGGGGCAAUUGGUGGUUUGGCGACAUGGGUAGUAAGCACACCUACCGAGCUUAUUAAGUGCCGGGCGCAGUUAUCAUCACCGCCGGCUUCAAGCUGGAGUAUUGCAAAGCAGGUCUUUAAAACCGAGGGAAUCAGAGGCCUGUACUUUGGUGGUGUGGUCACAGCGUUGAGGGAUAGUAUCGGUUACGGAUUUUAUUUUUGGUCAUACGAAUUAAGUAGCAAAUGGGUCGAAUCGAACCGACAGAAUGGCUCUGCCUUCUCUCAGGACGCAGCUAAAGUCUUACUCUGUGGAGGUCUUGCCGGUGUUGUUACUUGGGCCAGUAUAUUUCCGCUCGAUGUGAUCAAAACUAGGGUUCAGGCGCAGACUUUUGAUCCGGCGACGGCGCCAUUACUGGGCUCCUCCUCGUCCUCGCAGAAGCGCCUUGAAGCAAUCGAGACCGCUAGAGAAGCAUAUAGAGAGGGCGGUACGCGGGUGUUCUUUCGGGGACUGACCGUAUGUAGCGUAAGAGCUUUCAUCGUCAAUGCUGUGCAAUGGGCUGUUUACGAAUGGAUUAUGCUUGAGCUUGGCCAAGGGAGACAUGCGAAGGCGGAACCCAUCUAGGAUGGGCAGGUGUUUGUUCCAUUCCUAAGGAUCAACCUCGAGGUCAACGAACUAUACUAUGCCGCGGAUGAAACGAGUGUAUUGAUCUUGAGAGAUGAAAACCCGACGACUAUAAUAGGGAUAUCUGUUACUUUUUGGGGUAUAAGGAACGAAUGAUAGCAAUUAUGCCGCCCUUGCCAACCAC